AAGUUUGAGGACAGAUGAAAUUCGGUUUAAAAAUACAAUGAACAAAAUAGGUCCAACAGCAUGUCAACCCAUUUCAGGAGGUAUCUCCGAUAGCAACCGUGGGAAUAUUGCUGGGUCAAGUUCCCACAAAGAGAAAUGUCCGUUUGAAGCAAUUCAGAUCAUCAACUUGCCUAGAGACUUGGAUAAGGAUACAACCCAUCGUUAUGGGCCGAACACUUUCAAAUUGCAUAGGUUACCAGUCCCAAGGCCAGGUCAGGUUCUUCGCUUGGUUGGAACAAAUGGCAUUGGGAAGUCAACUGCCCUUAAAGUGUUAGCUGGAAAAUUGAAGCCAAAUUUGGGUCGUUUCAAUAAUCCUCCAGAUUGGCAAGAAAUUUUGACUUAUUUUCGAGGUUCAGAGUUGCAGAAUUAUUUUACCCGCAUUCUAGAAGAUAAUUUGAAGGCAAUCAUUAAGCCCCAAUAUGUUGAUCACAUUCCAAAGGCAGUUCAAGGCAACGUGGGCCAGGUGCUUGACCAAAAAGAUGAAAGACAGAUGAAGGCAGAACUAUCUGUUGAUCUUGAACUAAACCAGGUCAUAGAUCGCAAUGUAGGUGAUUUAUCUGGUGGAGAGCUCCAGAGGUUUGCCAUUGCAGUUGUUGCCAUACAGAAUGCAGAGAUAUAUAUGUUUGAUGAACCUUCAAGUUAUCUUGAUGUGAAACAGAGGCUCAAAGCUGCACAAGUUAUCAGAUCCUUGCUCAGGCCCAAUAGCUAUGUAAUUGUUGUGGAGCAUGAUCUUAGCGUCCUGGAUUACUUAUCGGACUUCAUUUGCUGCUUGUAUGGGAAGCCAGGUGCAUAUGGGGUUGUAACUCUUCCAUUUUCUGUAAGAGAGGGGAUCAAUAUCUUCUUGGCUGGAUUUGUUCCUACUGAAAAUCUGAGGUUCAGGGAUGAAUCUUUAACCUUCAAGGUUGCCGAGACCCCACAAGAAAGUGCUGAAGAAAUUGAGACCUAUGCACGAUACAGAUACCCAACUAUGACUAAAACUCAAGGCAAUUUUAGACUUAAAGUGAUUGAGGGUGAAUUUACUGAUUCUCAGAUUAUUGUAAUGCUAGGUGAGAAUGGGACAGGGAAGACAACAUUUAUUCGCAUGCUGGCUGGUUUGCUGAAACCUGAUAAUAUAGAAGGUUCUGACAAGGAGAUACCUGAGUUUAAUGUUUCAUAUAAGCCCCAGAAGAUCAGUCCAAAAUUUCAGUCUACAGUUAGGCACUUGCUGCAUUCAAGGAUACGUGAUUCAUAUAUGCAUCCUCAGUUUGUGUCAGAUGUGAUGAAGCCUCUUCUUAUUGAACAACUGAUGGAUCAGGAAGUUGUGAAUCUCUCUGAAGGAGAGUUGCAAAGAGUUGCACUAUGUCUCUGCCUUGGAAAGUUAUCUGAUAUUUACCUAAUAGAUGAACCAAGUGCUUAUCUUGAUUCUGAGCAACGCAUUGUUGCUUCUAAAGUCAUAAAGAGGUUUAUCCUCCAUGCGUAGAAAACAGCAUUUGUUGUUGAGCAUGACUUUAUUAUGGCAACUUAUCUGGCAGAUAGAGUUAUUGUGUAUGAGGGAGAGCCUUCAGUCGAUUGUGCUGCAAAUUCUCCUCAAUCAUUGUUGACUGGAAUGAAUCUGUUCUUAUCUCAUUUGGAUAUCACAUUUAGGCGGGAUCCAAGUAAUUACCGGCCAAGAAUCAACAAAUUGGACUCAACCAAGGACAGGGAGCAAAAGGCUGCAGGAUCAUAUUAUUAUCUCGAUGAUUGACAUCAUUGUUAACAGUUGCAACAAAUUGGCAGGACAUCAGCAUUGCGUAAUUACAGAAGAUCUCGGCUGAGCUUUUAUUGGAAAUUUUGGCAUGCAAGAAAAGAUCAUUUGCCCGGUGAAAGAGCUCUUAUACUCUUUUGCAUAAAUGAGCUUCUCACACUAGUCAUCGAUGCCACUCUUAGUGGAAUUCUAGUGUGAAUUUCAUUGCACCAUCUUUGUAAUUCAAUAUAGGUGCGCAAUAGUUAUAACUAUCAAACUGAAUCAUUUUUUCUCCACCAUCAAAAUUGAGUCAUGGAGUUACAAAUUUGUUUAUUGUGAUUCCUGGGUUUUUUAUUUUUGACAAAUUCCGUUAUAAUAGUCCUCUUGGGAAUUGAUUCCAUUCUUCAUUUUCUGCCUGAUUGUUUCUUCUUUGACACUGAUAGGCCAUAUGUCCAUCUUCCCCACACUUGAAGCAAGUUACACUUUCAUUACUCUUUGUUGAAUGCGAAACCCUUUUCUCUUCCUCUUUGGGAAGUAUUAUUUGGCCCAUUGUAGUUGUUCGAAGCCUAUAAAGCAUCUGAAUAUUCAUCAUAAUUCUUUCUUGCUGUUACCUCCCUUAUUUGAAGCUGAUUUUUCUUAUCAUUUUGGUUGUUUAUAUAUUCAUCAUAAUUCUUUCUUCCUUUUGUAAUUUUUUGGCAGAAUUCCAAUUACAAAUGGGCAGCUGAACAUGGGAAC